AUGUCAGCUGCUUCAGAAAAAGUUACGAACUUUCUUCAAAAUAUUUUACCUUCAAAAAUUAUUGAUAAUAAUGAAGAGUUCAAAGGUUGGAAUGUAGUCUCGUGCACAGCUUCUUUAAUUAAAUCUUUUGAUGGAUUUUUGUCGUCAAUUUUUGAAGUUUCUCUUAUCUUAGAAGAUUUGAAUGUGGGUCGACAGAGCCAACAAUCUUUGUACUUGAUUGUGAAACUUAUGAAGCAAAUGGAAUUUUUCCGUGAGAAUGCCAAACUUGAUGAAUUAACAUUCAAUGAAUUUCAGUUUUAUGAAAACAUUUUGCCAUUUUAUUCGGAAUUAUUGAAACGUACAAAACUUAAAUUAAAGGCAAAUUGGACGCCAAGAUUUUAUUUUGGCUCUUACGGACCUGAUAGAGAUAUUGGAAAUGGAAUAAAUCCUGAAGGAGUUUUUGUAUUUAGAAACUUAACUGCUGAUAAUUAUCGUAUGGGACCACGAGAAAAAUUAGACGAACAACACAUUAAGCUUAUGAUUGAAGCGAUUGCAAAGUUUCAUGCAGUUUCGUAUGCAUUAAAAAUUCAACAUAAGGAGAAACAAACGGAAUUCGUAAAAGCAUUAAAACCUUUUCCUUUUACCGAACAAAAGAAAACAUUUUUUGAUGCACUUUAUGAUAUUGCUUUGACUCGUCUUCAUCAACAUGUGAGUUCAAGUCAACAACCAGAGGAUUUUAAAGCAGCUAUUGAGACUAUUUAUAGAAAUUACAUCGACAAACCUUCCAAGCUUUUGCAAGAGUUUAUAAAUGAUGAUUCACAGUUUAAUAUCAUCAUUCAUGGUGAUUACAACAGAAACAACGUAAUGUUCAAAUAUGAAGCAUCUGAAGGUUUUGAGAAUCCUCAGAAAGUGAAAAUGUUUGACUUUCAAUGGAUAAGAUAUGCAAGUCCUGUGUUGGAUAUUUCAUUUUGUUUAUACAUGAACUUAGAUCCGGAAUUAUUCGAAACAUUAUGGGAUAAUUUAUUAAAGUUUUAUCACGAUACCAUGUUUUCAACUUUAACUAAAAUUUUAAAUUGUUCUGAUAACGAUGAACGUAUUAUCACACUUGAUUACGAGAGUUUCCAAAAACAUUUCACAAAUUAUGCUUUUUAUGGAUGUUUGAUUUCUUCUUGGUUUAUUCCCAUCAUGCUUGCAGACUUCGAAACUUGCAAAAACAUAGAAAAAGAAUUAAACAAGGAUCUGUUUUCGAAAGAAUCUAAAGAAGCUUGUUUACCAGCUGGCGGAAAAGAUGCAGUCGAAAGAUUAAUUUUGCAACGAAAUAAGAAUUUGAAGGAAAAAAAAAUUGUGCAAUGUUUAGCUGAAGCGUGUUCAACUCUUGAUGGAUUUAUGUCAGCAAUUUAUUCAGUAACUCUUGAGUUAAGAGAUAACUCUGGAUAUGAUAACGUGCUUCAAAUGAUUGUGAAAAUCAUGAAAGGCGAUAAAAAUUUUCGCGAUUCAACAAACUCAUCAAUUCAAUGUUCAAAUGAAGUUUACAUUUACAACAAGGUCAUUCCAUAUUUUAAGAAAUUUCUGUCUGAAUGUAAAUCUUCUUUGUCAUCUGAUUGGAUUCCUAAAGUUUACUUUUCCGACUAUCAAAUUUUUCCUGAACUAAGUGAAGGAAAGGAAACAAUUUUGGCACUUGAGAACUUAAAGCCGUUAGGUUAUCGUCUCGGACCACGAAUUGAUUUGGAUGAAAAGCAUUUGCGACUAAUGAUUACACAUAUCGCAUCUUAUCAUGCUGUUAGUUAUGCAAUGCGAAUAAAGAAAGAUCCAAUGUUGGAUGAACUAGCCAAGGGCUUAAUUCCUUUCCCUUACAUUCAAGAAGAUGGCACGGAAAUGGAAUCGUACAAAGUUCUUUUCACAAUUGGUCUUCAAAGAUUCUUUAAAGUCAUCAAGGAAAAUCCAAAAUUAGAAAACGAGAAAGGUUUCCUUGAAGCUGUUAAGAAAUUUAAAGAUCAAUAUGGUCAUCGUCCAAUUUAUUUAUUGAAGAAACUCAUGGAAACUGACGACGUUUUCUCGAUUCUUCUACAUGGUGACUACAAUCGCAAUAAUGUUCUGUUUCUUUACGAUGAAGCUGAAGGCCACGAAAACCCGAAAGGCUUGAAAAUGAUUGACUUUCAAGAGACACGCUAUGCUUCACCAGCGAUUGAUUUAGUCUUCUUCAUGUACAUGAAUAUGCACUUUACUCUGUUUCCGACGCUUUGGGAUCCAGUUUUAGAACUUUAUCAUGAAACUUUGAUAAGUUCAAUAUCUGAAAUCUUGAAAUGCGACAAGAGUGACGAAAGAUUGUCACCAUACAGCUUUAAUAAUUUCAUCAAUCAUUUCAAAAAGUUUGCAUUUUAUGGAGUUAUAAUUGGAAUUCAUUUCAUUCCAUGGAUGGCAUGUCCAGAAGACGAAUGUCAACUCAUGUCAGAAUAUUGGGAAGCCGACACAAAUAGUCCUGAAUUGAGAGACUUAGCACAACAAAAAGCUUUGAUUAAAAUGACUAAAAACAUGCAAAGAAAACUAAACUUUGUGGAAAAUGAAUUACCGAAGCUUAUGAUGAGUCAAUUUGUGGUCGAGGGUAAAACCAUUGUUCGAUGUUGUGCAAAGCCAAAGCCACAACUUGAUGGAUUCAUGUCAACAAUUUUUACAGCAGACAUGCUUGUGAGAGAUUCGUCAGGAAAUGAAACUCUGCAUAAGAUUAUUGUCAAGAUAAUGAAAGGUGAAGAAGAUUUCCGACAGAAAUCAAAAGCAUUUCUUCAAAGUUCCAACGAAGUUUUCGUUUACAAAACCAUCAUUCCAUAUUUUUCCAUAUUUGAUGCUUCUGGCAACUUAUCAAGUGAUGAUUGGAUUUCCAAAGUUUAUUUUGCCGAAUGCGGGAAUUUUGAGAGUUUGAGUGAUCACAAGGAAACAGUUGUUGUGUUGGGAGACUUGAAUGCACUUGGGUAUCGGAUGUCAACUUCAAAACUUGUUUUAGACGCAAUUCAUUUGGAAUUGAUGGCGAGAAAAAUUGCAACGUACCACGCUGUUUCUUUCGCAAUGAAAAUAACAAAAGAUCCGAUGUUUGAGAAGUUAAUCGAUGGGCUUACAGCAUUUCAUAUAAAGUCUGAAACGCAAGGAGAUCUUGACGUUUACAAGUAUUUGUGUCCGAUAGCAUUCGAACGAGCAUUUCAGUACGUAGAUAAGAAUGAAAAAUAUCAAAAAUAUCAAAAGUUUAUCAUAGAUCUCAAUAAUUUUAAAUUUCGAAUGAAUGAAAAUUUCAUGUCGAUAAUGGAAAAUUUCUUAAGAAGCGACCAUCAAUUUGCUGUGAUUCUUCAUGGUGAUUACUAUCGAAACAACGUCAUGUUCAAAUAUGAAGUCGAGAACGGAAAAGAAAUUCCUACUGACUUAAAGAUGUUUGAUUUUCAACAAGUUCGCUACGCUUCUGUUGCUAUUGACUUGUCAUUUUUCAUGUACAUGGCUGUUCAUGCUUCAAUGAAACCUUUGAUAUGGGAUAAACUCUUAAAAGUUUAUCAUGAAACAAUAAUAGAAACAAUGAUGAGGAUUUUGAUGUGCAACAAGGAUGACGAACGACUUCAACCGUACAACUUUGAUGAUUUCAUAAGAAACUUUGAAGAGUUUGCGUUUUAUGGUGUGGUCAUCAGUGUUCUAUUAAUUCCAUGGAUGGCAAGUCCUGAGAGUGAAUCUCAGCUAAUAUCAGAGUAUUUUGAGUCUGACAUGCACAACCCGCAAUUUAAGGAACUUCUUUUGACUUGUGGUGGUACUGAUCAAAAAGCUUUGAUUAAAAUGACUAAAAACAUGCAAAGAAAACUAAACUUUGUGGAAAAUGAAUUACCUAAGCUUAUGAUGAGUCAAUUUGUGGUCGAGGGUAAAACCAUUGUUCGAUGUUGUGCAAAGCCAAAGCCACAACUUGAUGGAUUCAUGUCAACAAUUUUUACAGCAGACAUGCUUGUGAAAGAUGCGUCAGGAAAUGAAACUCUGCAUAAGAUUAUUGUCAAGAUAAUGAAAGGUGAAGAAGAUUUCCGACAGAAAUCGAAAGCAUUUCUUCAAAGUUCCAACGAAGUUUUCGUUUACAAAACCAUCAUUCCAUAUUUUUCCAAAUUUGCUGCUUCUGGCAACUUAUCAAGUGAUGAUUGGAUUUCCAAAGUUUAUUUUGUCGAAUGCGGGAAUUUUGAGAGUUUGAGUGAUCACAAGGAAACAAUUGUUGUGUUGGAAGACUUGAAUGCACUUGGGUAUCGGAUGUCAACUUCAAAACUUGUUUUAGACGCAAUUCAUUUGGAAUUGAUGGCGAGAAAAAUUGCAACGUACCACGCUGUUUCUUUCGCAAUGAAAAUAACAAAAGAUCUGAUGUUUGAGAAGUUAAUCGAUGGGCUUACACCAUUUCAUAUGAAGUCUGAAACUCAAGGAGAUCUUGACGUUUACAAGUAUUUGUGUCCGAUAGCAUUCGAACGAGCAUUUCAGUACAUAGAUAAGAGUGAAAAUUAUCAAAAAGAUCAAAAGUUUAUGAAAGAUCUUAAAAAUUUUAAAUUUCGAAUGAAUGAAAAUUUCAUGUCAAUAAUGGAAAAUUUCUUAAGAAGCGACCAUCAAUUUGCUGUGAUUCUUCAUGGUGAUUACUAUCGAAACAACGUCAUGUUCAAGUAUGAAGUCAAGAACGGAAAAGAAAUUCCCACUGACUUGAAGAUGUUUGAUUUUCAAGAAGUUCGCUACGCUUCUGUUGCUAUUGACUUGUCAAUUUUCAUGUAUAUGGCUGUUCAUGCUUCAAUGAAGCCUUUGAUAUGGGAUGAACUUUUAAAAGUUUAUCAUGAAACAAUAAUAGAAACAUUGGCAAGAAUUUUGAUGUGCAACAAGGAUGACGAACGAUUUCAACCGUACAACUUUGAUGAUUUCAUAAGAAACUUUGAAGAGUUUGCAUUUUAUGCUGUUGUUAUCAGUGUUCUUUCAAUUCCAUGGAUGGCAAGUCCUGAGAGUGAAUCUCAGCUAAUAUCAGAGUAUUUUGAGUCUGACAUGCACAACCCGCAAUUUAAGGAACUUCUUCUGACUUGUGGUGGUACUGAUGUGAGUGAACGAAUCAUUGAUAACAUCAAACAUGCAAAUUUUGAAUUGUUGGCAAUCAAUUCACAUGAAGAGUAUCAAUUGAUAAGAAUUUCGCUAUAUAAGUUCAAGUCAAUCAUACCAAAUCAUUCAAUAAUUGGUGAAACACCAAAACGUAAAGAACAAAUUCAAAGUGAAAUAAAAAUGAAAAAGUUAUUCUUGAUCUUCAUUAUUAGUGUCGCUUGUUCAAAAGCUGAAACUUUUAAUAUUUUCAAACAACCAAAACUCCCAACAAGUGUAACGUCGAGAGUUGAAAGACGAAAUGUUACAGUUCCAUUAGAUCAUUUCGAUCGUCAAAAUAACGCUGAAUGGGAAUUGCCUUACUACAUUAUCGAUGAGUUUUAUCAGCCUAAUGGUCCAAUAUUUCUUCGUGUUGCUGGUGCUUUUGACAUAAUAAGUAGACUAAAUGAAGGUUUGAUGUAUGACUUAGCAAAAGAAUUCAAUGCUUUAAUCGUUGGGAUAAGUUUGAGGUUUUACGGUGAAACAAGGCCAACAGAAAACCUUGAAUUAGAAAAUUUAAGAUUUCUGAACUCAGAACAAGCCAUCGGUGAUAUCGCACAUUUAGUGACAUGGAUUAAAGAAUCAGAUCCUUCACUUGCUGAUUCAAAAGUUAUCGCUUAUGGUCAAUUAGAUGGAGGAUCUAAUGCAGUGUGGGCUCGUUCAAAAUAUCCUCAUUUGAUUGAUGGUGUUUGGGCUUCAAGUGCACGGCUACAUGCAGUUUUUGACUUCACACAAAUGCAUGAAGCUAUUGCUAAUACACUCGUUCAAGUUGGAGGAUUGCGAUGUUAUCAACAAAUAGAGCGAGCUUAUGAACAAAUUGAGCAACUUUUACAGAAUCAAGAAUAUGAACUGAUUGAGAAUAGUUUGAAUCUUUGUCACAAUAUUACAAACACGACUCUUGGUCUUGGAGCGUUAAUGAAUGGCUUAGCUGUCACAUAUGCAUCAAGAUUCACAGAAGGCCCUCCAACAGAGACUGAAGAAUUCUGUGAAUUAAUGACGAGUGACUUGAAUGAUGAUGAUGCUUUUACUAGAUAUGCUCGCUACACAAGAUCAGUAUUUUCUGAUAAUUGCAUCUUCAUUGAUUAUAUAGAACUUCGUGGUUUAUUUAGUGCAAAUGAAUGGACUAUGGCAGGUGCUCAGAUUGGUUUCCGUCAAACACUUUAUCAAAUGUGCGCAGAGUUUGGACGGUUUUCAACAUCAAGUUCACAAUAUCAACCUUUUGGAAAUCGAUUCCCUGCUGAAAUAUUUACUGAUGCAUGCACUGAAGUUUUUGGACCAACUUUUGACGAAGAUUUUAUCAGAAGACAAAUUGAGCUUACAAACAUCAUGCUCGGUGGCGCACAACCAAAUGUAUCGAAUGCUUACCUCACCAAUGGUGAAAUGGAUCCAGAAAGAUUCCUUGGUGUUCUACGUGACAUAAAUCCAACAGCCCGAGCUACUGUCAUUCCAAGAGUUGGUGCACAUGCCGAUACCGGGUCUAUCGAUUUAGAAAAUGAUUCAUUCUUUUUAACACAAUCAAAAUUAAGAGUUAAAAACUACAUAACUGGAAAAUUGGUUCCUGAAUUGCUGAAGCAAAAGAUUAUCAACAUUAAAGGCGCUGAUGAAUUAGAAUUUGUCUACAUUGAUUCUGUUGAGGCUAAAGAAUUGAAUGAAGCUUUUUCUUUGGCCAAACCUUACGCUGUCGAUGUUACUCUAAGCCGAUACAGCGAACGUGACGUCAAACAUAACUUCCAUUUAGUUGUCAAGAUCACUCCAAUAUGUCCACCGGAAACGUACGAAUUGAUGGGAUUUGAUGUUCUAUUUGAAAAUGAGGAAACAGCGUUUCGCGACAUAAUUCCUGCUUUAGGACAUCUUGAAGAUUUUCCAAAGUAUUACUACUCGCUUCGUGAAAAGAACAGAGCGGUGAUGGUGUUAGGAAACUUCGGAUAUGAUGGAUGGAAAAUGUCAGUAAAUCGUGUCAACUUGGAUUUAAAUCAUAUUCUCGUUGCCGUUCGAGAGCUGGGAAAGUUUCAUGGUGAAUGUUAUGCUUUAAAGGAAUCAAAUCGUGGCUUAUUUCAUAUCAUCACAAAGGCGUUUAGGGAGUCACGUUUUCACAGAGAUCCCGACAUGAUUUGGGGAACUACGUUGAAAGUUUCACCAAGACGUGGAACGCAUGCGAUUCGUGAGAAUCCUGAACUCAAACGCAUCAUACCGGAAGAAUUUCUUAAGAAAAUUGAAGAACAUGCAGAUAACUGUUGGGAAUAUAUGAAGGAAAGUGUGCAGCCACGUGAACCAUUAGCAAUAAUCUGUCAUGGAGACUAUCUUAGAAAUAACAUUGCUUUUAAGUAUGAUGAAAAUGCACCUCACGCACCCAUCAAAGCAAUGAUGUUUGAUUUUCAGACACUUCGUUACGCAUCUCCAAUGAUGGACCUUGCAACUUUCCUUGCUAACUCAACAGGUACUGACGUUCGUUCUACGCACUUUUCUUUCAUUUUUAAGACGUAUCAUGAAGAAGUUAUCAAGACCCUGAUGAAUACAAUGAAGAAAUCCCGUCAGGAAAUUUCAGAAGUUUACAGCUAUGAUAAUUUCCUUCGGGAAUACGCCCGCCUUUCGUUGUAUGGAUAUUUCAUAGCUGCGAGCUUUCUUCAAAUGUUACACGAGCCUGAGGAAAUAGAUUUUGCAAAUUGGGAUAACUCAUUGGGAAUUGACUUUAUUAUUGAUAAAGCAAUGCGACAUGGAGGUGAAGUUGUCAAUUAUGAACUUGCCGGACUGAUAUAUGAUAUGUUUAAGCUUCAUCAAAAGCUCAAUAUUGAUUUGGAAUAAUUGAGGAGAAAAGCGUUUUCAAUUAAGGAAGCAUAAGUGAUUGAGCGAUUGAUUGAUUUUCUUAGAAGAUUGUAUGGAAUCAGUUUUCUGAGUAAAUAAAGUUUUAUUUUAUCUUUUUCUCUCAUUCU